UUCAGUUUUAUUUGGAUUUUCGUCCGGGUCACAGAUGAGCUGGCAAUAGAAACUACGAUACAAAAUUCCCAGUUAAAAAAAUAGUCGAUAAAAAUUGUGUGCUAACAAGCUCAGUGACCUUUAGAUAAACACUAGAGAACAAUACGCGAUUGUCAAAAUUCUCCGUGUUACAUUUUGAUAAUUGUGAACUAUUUUGCUAUUGAAAAUGCCGUCCUACAAGGAUAUAUCUUUGAUGCGCGUCGGCCUGCGGUUGGUGGGCAGGAGUAACCUCCACCAGAAGUCGCUCGGCAGUAUCCGCUGCUAUGCGAUGGAGUGCAAGAAUCCCAAGGGCGUGGUCGUGGGCGUUUACGCCAAGGAUGGCGACAAGCCGCCAAAGACAACGGCCAACGCCGUCACCCUGGACGAUGCCCUCGGUGGCAAGCUGUUGACCCUGAUCCGCGAGCGUGGAAUGGACGGAUCCCCCGGCAAGGGACUGCUCUUCAGCGGAUUCGAAGGAGAGUACCAGGGUGUGGCCGUCGUUGGUGUGGGCAAACAGGGUGCUGCCUACGACGAGAACGAGGAGCUGGACGAGGGCAUGGAGAAUGUCCGUGUGGCAGCGGGAACCGGAGCUCGUGCUCUGCAGCUCCACGGAAUGUACGAGGUGCACGUGGACGCCAUGGACUAUCCGGAGCAGGCGGCCGAGGGAGCUGCGCUCGCCGUUUGGCGGUACAACGCCAACAAGAGGAAGAAGAACCGCCUGCACACCCCCAAGCUGGAUAUGUACGGCAAGGGUGACCGCGAUGCCUGGGUGCGUGGUCUCUUCAAGGCGGAGUCGCAGAAUCUGGCGAGGCGCUUGUCCGACACUCCUGCCAACAUGAUGACGCCCUCCAUCUUUGCCCAGGCCGCCGUGGAUGCUCUGUGUCCCUGUGGUGUUUCCGUGGAGGUGCGUUCCAUGGACUGGAUCGAGGACAUGAACCUGAACUCCUUCCUGAUGAUCGCCAAGGGUUCCUGCGAACCUCCUCUGCUGCUGGAGUGCAGCUACUGCGGCACUUCACCCGAAGAUCGGCCCGUUCUCCUCCUUGGCCAGGGUUUGACCUUCCACAGUGGCGGUCUGUGCUUGAAGCCCAAGAAGGGAAUGGACCAGUACCGAGGCGCCAUGGCAGGAGCUGCUGUUUGUGUGGGAGUCCUGCGAGCAGCUGCUGCUCUAUCCUUGCCCAUGAACAUCACAGCUGUGAUGCCGCUCUGCGAACACAUGCCCUCUGGAAUGGCGGUGAAGUGCGGCGAUGUGGUUACCCUGCUCAAUGGCACCACCAUGGGCAUCAAGAACGUGGACAAGGCACCGGUGGUGCUCCUGGCGGAUCCCCUUCUCUACGCCCAGGCCACCUUCAAGCCCAAACUGGUCAUCGACAUCGGAACCGUGGCCAUGGGCGUCAACUAUGCCGUCGGUGGCGGAGCCAGUGGCUUGUGGACCACCUCGAAGUCGGUGUGGCAGAACUUCAGGAAGUCGGGCGGUCUGACCGGCGAUCGCAUCUGGCGCUUCCCGCUGUUCAAGUACUACAAGCAGAUCGUCAACAAGAACGUCACCUACGAUCUGUGCAACACGGGAAGGGGUCCUGCCUCCUCCUGCUUGGCGGCUGCCAUCCUCCACUCGCUGGUGCCCUGCGUGGACUGGGCUCAUCUGGACAUCCGCGGCACCGGCAUGACCACCAAGAUCAACCCGAGGCCCUACCUGCUCAAGGACUCGAUGACCGGACGUCCGACGCGCACAGUAAUCCAGUUUAUGUACCAGAUGGCCUGUUCCGGCCAGUAAAGAUUCUUCAUGGCUUGUGGGUCUGGAUGAUUUUGGAGUCCCAUGUAUUCGAUUUUCAACUGUUUUGGUACAGUGUUUGCACAGACUAGAAUUUAAUGGUUUACCCUGGGAUCGGACUGAUAGUAAAUGUGCACUCCAAUAUCGUUAAAUAAAUUGUGUACAUAACAUACAAA